GCACGCGUACACGUACACGCACACUGACACACACACACACACACACACACACGACGGGAUUUCAACUAACUUUCGAGCAAUGCCCAAAGUGCCGCUGAGCUCGGGGGCUUAGCAGGAGAACUGUUGGUCGGUAAGCGGACGGAGGAGAGACGAACAAAGGGAGUCCGCUCGUGUUUCUACUCCGAGAGGGAAACUUGUGCCGCCCAGAGAGACGGAAACGGCCCGAGCGCCAGACGUCUGCGCGUCCGCAAGCCACGAACAGAUGUGCACGAGUCCAAAGACCGCCUUUCGAUAAGACCAAAUCCAACCAAACCACAUCUGGGAGGAAAACCGAGGAUGGGGAACAGCAGCAGCGACAGGUCAAGCGGGGGUCACGGUGAGAGGUCAUACAGAGAUGGACAACCGGGAGGGAAAGAGACCAUUCCCAACAUCCUGAUGGGCAACUCCGAGGACGCGGACCUCUUCCAGAGAGAGGACGCAAAGGCUCCUCAGGAAAUACAGGAAUUUCUGGCUUGGCAGCAGGACCUUGAGAGUGAGAGCAAAUGUCCAACGCAGGACAGACCCACUAUUUUCCGGUGGCCGGGAGCCGCCAAGGAAGUUUUUGUGUCCGGCUCCUUUAACAACUGGGCAACCAAGAUCCCUCUCAACAGAAGUCAGAAAAACUUUGUGGCUAUUGUGGACUUGCCAGAGGGAGAGCACCAGUACAAGUUCUGUGUAGACGGCCAGUGGACCUUGGAUCCCACUGGGGCCGUGGCCACGUCUAAGACUGGCACAGUAAACAAUGUCAUCCAGGUGAAAAGAACUGACUUUGAAGUCUUUGACGCUCUCCGGAUCGACUCUGAGGAUUCUGCAGACAUUGCAGACUUGUCCAGUUCUCCUCCCGGACCCUACCUGCAGGAUGCAUAUGUGACCAAGCCCGAGGACACGAUCAAGCAUCCUCCCUACUUACCCCCUCACCUGCUUCAAGUGCUGCUCAACAAGGACACGGGCGUUUCUUGUGACCCGACGCUGCUCCCGGAACCAAACCACGUGAUGCUGAAUCACCUGUACGCCCUCUCCAUCAAGGAUGGAGUGAUGGUCCUCAGCGCAACACACAGAUACAAGAAGAAAUAUGUGACCACACUUCUCUACAAGCCGAUAUAAUCCACCGAGCUAUGAUUUAGCCUCUAAUUUUAACAUUCAUACAAUCCAUCUGUUGUUGUGCUCAGCUGCUGCCUGCUUUGUUUUGUUAGAACCCCAACUUGUUAUCUUCCUAAUAUCAAUUAAAUGAUUUUUACUGACCUGUUAUCUGAUAAUCUAAUAAAAAUGCUGUAAAUUUGCAGAACAAUGUA